AUGAAUCAAGAAAUCAUCUAUUCUUUGAAUGCUCUUACUCAUCGGAGGUUUCGAAGGCUAUGGUGCAUAAGGUUCUCUCUAUUACCCCUCCUUUGGCUUGGAAUGAUAUACUCCUUUGGCUCCCUUUGGCAACUACAGAAAAGACAUUGUCUCUGGCUUUGCUUCAAGCUUGGCAUUCUUGUGUGUUUGGAAUUUGACAAGAACGGAAUAGUCGUUAUCAUUAUGGACUAA